AUGGCGCCGCGGAGUCUCGUGGAGAUCCGCGAGGCGGGAAGCGGGAAGGGAAGAGGCGUUUUUGCGCGGACGUUCAUUCCCUCGGGCUCGGUCGUCUUCUCCGUACUCGAGCCCGUCGUCUUUGUCCCCGUCGCUGACCCCGCCUGUGGCCUCCACCUCCAGCUGGGCCCCUCGCCCCGCGCCGGUGUCUCCGAGUCUCUCGCCUCCGGCGCGAUCGCGGUCGGCGGAGGCGAAGGGCCCGCCUCGACUGGGGCGGGGCGCGCGAGGGACGGCCUCAGGCGGCUGCCGCCGAAGCACGCGGCGAGUCGCGCGACCGCGUGCGCGUUUUGCCUGGCGCCUGUGAACCACGUCUCGCUGACUGUCCCCGGGAGGAGACAGGAGGCGGACGCGGCGCGCGCGGCCGCGGGGCGGGUGCUGCGGUGCUCGCGGUGUCGCUGCACGUACUUCUGCUCCACGCGGUGUCAGCGCGACGCGUGGGCGGACCACAAAACGGAAUGCGAAGUCUUUGGAGAGCUGUGUCGAGCCUCUGGAGGGCUGUUCCCUACGGCGGCUCAACGUCUGCUGCUCAAGUGCUUGCUGCGGCGAAUCGACCUCUCGGAUUUUGUGUCGGGUUCGCUCGACUCUGCGUCUUCGCCGCCGUCGGCUGGAGACUCUCUGGCGGAUGCGUCUGCGCCUUUCCGCUGCUUCUGCUUUGAGCCCGCGCGGACGCAGGGCCUGUCGCUCCGCGAGGCGAGCGCAGAGACAGAGACGGAGGAGUUCAGAGAGGCGAAGGCGUUCGCGACGCUCCUUCUCGCUGUCAUCGCCAAGGCGCUGGACGUAGGUGCGUCGUCAGCCUCUCCCAGCCCGUCGUCAGCCCCCGCGCUCGCGCAGCCGCCGUCGGCAAGUUUCUGCGCCUUCGCUGAGCGCGUCACGCAGGCCUUCUCUGCGCACCAACUCGCGGAGAUGCUUCUCAAGUUGUCUCGCAACGUUUUUUCGAUUCUCGCGGGUGACGCAGGGGGGUCCGCGGCGCGGGCGCGGCCGCUCGGCUCCUCGGUCUCUCUCGGCGAGGCCCGCGAAGCGCCCCUGGGGGCGGCCUGCCCGUGCUGCCUCCCCGACAGCGUCUGCGCUCAGGGCUUGUAUGCGCCGCCAAUGUCGCGGAUGAAUCACAGCUGCUCAUACAACGCGCGGGCUGUCUUCAGCGACGGCCGCGCGUCGCGUCUCUCUGUGCGGGUCGUCGCCGUGAGAGACAUCCAAGAAGACGAAGAAAUCUGCAUCGCGUACGUGCCCCGGAACGCCAGCUCGCGCGACCGCCGUGAGCGCCUGCGGAGGGGGUACGGCUUCCUCUGCUGCUGCGCGCUCUGCUGCGCCUGCGGAGACGCAGAGACGCGCUCGCAAGGCGGACGCCUGGCGGCAGAGGGAGAGGGAGAGGUGCGGAAGGCAGGCGCGACGACGGCGGACUGCUCCUUGAGGGCCUCGUUGGGCGCCGGGAGCGGCGGCGCGGAGGCGGGCGCCGGGUCGACGCGCGUGUUUGCGCUCAGCGAAGCUCUCGACGCGCAGAUGGGAAAUGUCUUUUGCGACGCGCCGCGGUGUCGUGCGCGGCUGUACGCUCCCGAGGGUGACGCGCUGCUCGCUUUCGAGGACGCGCGGAGGCUGCGAUGUCAGCGCGGUUCGCCAGACGCUCGCUGCGACGAUGGUUGUGCCGUGGGUGAAGCGCGCAAUCUGCAGAGCUCCGCCGAGGGCGCGUCGGACGCGGGAGAGGCCUGGGCAGCGCGCCUUCGCCUGCGGCUGCCGGUCCGCGUGUCUCAUGCGCGAGCGUCGCAGGCGCCUGGAGGCCUGCCGACUCUGCUCUCUCCUCUCGCGGCCGCCGACGCGGAGGCGGAGAACGGCGAGGGCGGCGCUGGCGAAGAAGCGGCUGCGCCGCGCGUGGGGGGUGACGCCGUUUGCAGCCUGUGUGGAGGCGAGUGGAGUGCCCGCGAGUUCGAGGCGGUGCGCGUCAGUCUUCGCGCGCUCGGUCGCCUCGCGCUCCAACUGGAGUGCGCGGAGGCCUUGGGCGCCGAGCGUCCGCUUCUCCAGCGCUUUAUCGAAACCUACCAACGGGUCUUCCCCCAUGUCCACCCAGGAAAUCUCCUCUUGGCAGAUUUCAGGUGUCGCCUCUUGCCGCUGCUCCACGCGGACCCCACGCUGUACGUGCCCUUUGCGCUCCUUCUCCAGGCUCACCAAGUCGACGCCGCGGCGGCGAUCCACGGCGCCUCGUCGGCGGAAGUCGCCUGCGAGCUGCAAGCUGCAGGCCGCAUGCUGCUUUUCCUCGGAGAAGGCGACGCGCAGGAGGUCGGCGGCGCCUGGGCCCUCUGGCGCGAGGCGGAGGCAGCCCGCGGCGAAGACGCCGCGGCGGAGGCGCCCGGGCGCGGCGGGCCGAAAAGGCGAGCUCAGCAGAAGCGCGAGAGCGCGGGAGGGAGGGGGGGGUGCGACGAGGCGAGCGACGGCGCUCUGGGCGCGCGCGAAAAAGUCCUGCUGCAGAGCUACGAGUGCCUCCGCCAGGCCUGCGGAAUCCUCUUUUGUCUCUUUGGGGGCUCGGAUAGACGCGCGCGCGAGGCUGAGGAGGCUCUGUCGAACUGCUCGCGAGCGCUGAAGGAACUUAAGGAGGACCUCCUGUAA